AUGGCCAACACCAAAAAAUGCAGCGCGAGUCGCACCCACUCAAUCCAGGUUCAUGACCACUGUCCUGAUCGGCCGUACAUUGAGCUUCGCAUCCCAUCUGACGCUAAAAGCGUCGAGGCCGUGACGUUCACGGCUAUUGCGCACGAUCAAGGCUGGGCAAGUUCCGAGAAUACUCUUUCAUUCACUUGGUUUGAAGCAUCAGUCCGACGUCCGGGCGGUCGCUCCAACUUGCGGAGCAUGAUUAUUAUGCAUAACCAGCUUGCCGACCCUGAGUUCCAUGAACAGACGAGCCGCUGGUCAGCUGAGAGUGGCCUUCUCCAACGCUCAUGGGUUCAAGCCCUUCAGCCAGGCGAUGUAGUACAGGUCACACCAAAGGCCAGGUACCCAUGCUGGGUCAAUAUCGUGAACGAAUGUCGCAUUGGAAUCGAGUAUGAACCAGCUAGCGAAGAGGAGAGAAAACGGUGCCCUAAGCCUUACCCUGGCGCAGAGAGCUAUACAUUUGCACUCUCCCUCACAACAAAGGAGAUACGCCUUUUAACGGUUCAGCCUGCGACGAACAUCACAGACAAGUUGGAUGUUUCAUGGAGGAUCUCCAACCUCGAUGAUAAGGAGAUCAAAUUCAGUGCUCUUUCAUACUGCUGGGGAGCGCCGCUUGAUACAGUUGAAAUGAUGGUUUCAUCGGACCUUGAACCGGAAAAGAGAACCUUCGACAUCAACCCGACAGUCGACUUGGCACUGCGUCGGCUCAGAAGAAGCGAUCAAGUCUUGCAUAUAUGGAUCGAUUCUAUCUGUAUCAACCAGGAGGACCACGAAGAAAGAUCACGACAAGUCGCGUUGAUGCGAGACAUAUUUUCACGUGCAGAGAGAGUUCAUAUUUGGCUAGGUGAAGGACAUGUCGGGGUCGACGCUUGCUUGAGAGUUGCUCGGAAUGUCUACAACUACAACUUCAAAGACUGUCCUGGAGGGACGGACUGCAACUGUGAUGGGACACGUCACUCAUUGACGGCCAAAGACGUGGAUGAGGUGGUUGAAUCAAAACGAGCUCAAGGGCGUGCGAUUACCUUACAUCGCAUGGAGGAGAUUUUCAGACUCUUGGAGCCCAGCUUUCCCAACGAUGUUGCGGAAUGGGCUGGUGGAUCAAGGAUAACAAGCUUGGCGACUCUUAUGGUCAGUAUCAUCUCAAACCCAUGGUUCUCGCGGGUCUGGGUUGUGCAAGAAGUCUUACUCAGCCAACAAGCUUUCUUGCACAGUUCAAACGAAGUGAUCCCUUGGAUUGAGCUAAGGGAAAUGAGUGAGUGGCUCGAGGAUCCGGACUUCACUCACUGGCAUUUCGAUUACAAUAUCCAGUCCCAAACAGCAAUGCCAGCGAUAUGGAAGCGUUUGCGAACCAACAAGGAGCUCCCGGAUAUCCUUGAUGUCUUUCUUGAUGGUCAUGACCUCCGGGCAAGUGAACCCAGAGAUAAAAUCUUUGCGCUUCUGGUCUUUGGGAAUGAAACACACGCUGUCCAAAACCUAGACAAGCUGAUCCGGCCGGACUAUAAUAAGUCAACCGAACAAGUCUUCGCCGACUUUUCCAGAUGGUGGAUCAGGGAGAAGCGAUCGCUUGAUAUCUUAUCCGCCAUUCACUGCCAACAGGGACGCACUUGGCGACAGACAUUAUACGAAUCACGUGGCGAUGACCAGCUGCCGCAUCUUAGUUGGGCAUUGGGUCCUACCGGCCGCUCUAGGUGGUCUAAAGCUUCGCUGUGCGCCCAGUUUGACUUUUGCGCUACCAGAAAGAGAGAACCUGAUAUCAGUUUGCUCGAAACUUGUGACCCUCUAAAGCUUCUGCUCCGAGGGCGGCGGAUAUCUAGAAUAUCCUCUAUGGGGUACAUCCCGAUAGAGUCCAUGUACCCCUAUGGAGACCACCCAGAGGAACAUCCCGGAGCUCAGUCCAUAAUUGACAAGAUAUUUGAUCCCUGCGGAUAUACUGGCCUCUGGGGGAUCAAGAUUAUAGUGCAUGACGAGAAAGAUAGGCUGAGGAGGUCCAGGUUCGAAUAUGGAGACCACGUGAGGGCACAUUGGGAUUAUUGUUCUCGGCCGAAGUUGCCGAGCCUUUGUCCCACCGAGACCGGAGGGUUCUGCAGCUAUGAGACAGACAAGCUCCCAACGUGCAUGGAGAAAUCAUUUUUCGUUACAGAAGAUGGCAUGUCUGGUCUGUGUCCUUGGAUGGCAAAGGAGGGAGAUUUCAUUGCUCUUCUCGACGGAGGCAAAGUACCAUACUUGUUACGACAAGUCACAGGUCCAAAUGCGGGCCAAGGGGAGGAGUUUCAACUUGUUGGGGAAUGUUACGUUGAGGGAAUAAUGCGCGGUGAAUAUUUUGAAAACCAUCAACAACUGGACGAUUCAGAAGUUUUGGCGAUAGUAUGA